GCCGCCCCUGGGCUUGGGCCCUGUCGCCCCCGGCCGGCCCGGCCCCGCCCCCUCGGCUGCCGGGCCACGCCCAGACCACGCCUUGGCGGUCGCUUCCCGUCGCGGUUGCCGUCGCCCACUGUUCCCUGCCGUCGCCGUUUCGCUCGGUCGCUGAGGUGCAUCCCCCAUCUCCGUACUGACUGGUGUCUCCAAUGGAGGACUACCGCCGCCUCUCCGACCAGGAGCUAGUACGCAUGCUCAAGCUUUAUAACAUUCCCCACGGGCCCAUCGUGGGUUCAACCCGAAAACUGUAUGAAAAAAAGAUAUAUGAAUACGAAAGUCAGAGAACCAAGUUUUCCCCUGCGACUGUCAGCUCUUACCAAUAUCCAGAUGAUUUUGAGGGUACAGCUUAUGGUUCCAGAAAGGAUGAAGAUGAAGACGUGGAACACGUUGACUAUGACAAUUACUAUGAAGAGAGUUACUCAACUACCAAGACUUAUGGGGAAACUGAGAGUGCAGCUAUCCCAGUAGCCAAGGCCAAGACCAGCUUCCAAGAGCCCAUGCCCUCCACAAGCUACAGCAGUGACAGUGCCAAGGCACCUACCUACCGCCUGCGCCAGCGGAUAAGAGAGAAUAUUCUCUACCCCUUAGCCCAGGAAGAGAACAUGGACCGUGACUCAGCCUACUUCAACCGGGACAACAAUACCUACCAGCGUGUUUCUCACUACAAAUUCAUCACUGACUCAAGCUCUGACUCGACCUUCUCUUCCAGCCCAGUGGUUUCUUCUGCUUGUUCCUCAUCCACCCCAGUUUCCUCAACCUCCCCAAGCUUCCGCUCGUACUCCCUCCCUCUGGAGGUGGAAGCCCGCCAGGCUAUUAGACCUGACCAAGGCCUUGAGGCUAAGCUCGGAAAGAAUGGCAGAGUGGUGCCCCUUUGGGUCCAGUUCCUUCUCUUCCUUGGUUUUGCUCUUUUUCUGGCCUUUUUCUACUAUUUCAUGCAGGCAGAUGAUGACAACCCCUUCCGUCUCCAGCCCUGAAGGCCCCUUCUGGGCCCUGGGAGGAGGCAGAGUCCUGGUCCCAUUUUGACCUCUGCCUCUUAACCUUGCUUUCUAGCCUCCCUUCUGGAGUGAUUUGGGGGGUGCAGGGAUAUCUUCCUGUUCUUAUUUGCCGUAGGCCCUGUUGUGAGUGCCUCUGUGGCCCAUUUGGUUUCUCCAGGUCCUACCCAUAGUGCCUUGUUUGGUUGGAAAAGAGUGUUCAUGUUUGUUUAAAUGUUUCUGGAAAAGGAGUUGCCCUGGCUCCAGCACAAGAUAGGUCCCCCUUGCCCCUGCCCCCAUCACAUUUGGGCAGACACUUUGGGGGUGUCUUCUAGGAAUCCUUUCCUUGAAGAAAGCUGUGCUCCAGUCUCCAGCCUAGACUUCCCUUUGGAACUCACUCCUGAGGUUGGGGGAGUGGUAUCCAAACACCAUAGUGUUCUCAAGGGCCCCACUCUUUGGCACCUUACCUCACCUGAUGCCUCUGUAGAGCUUCUCCCACCCCAGCAAUGCCGUGGCAUUUUUGCCCUCUAUCCAAGGGCAAGACAACUGACCCUUCCUCCCCUGGGGCCUCUCAGACCUGGUGGAGAAGUGAGACUUUCAACAAAAAGUGCCAACCAUCCUGCCCUUGACUUUGUUCUCAUACACUUCAUGAAUUAAAGGAUUUGUUUAUUUUUCAA